AUGAGGCGAAAGAGGAACUGAGCGCGAGCGCUCGGCCUCUUUAGCAGAGGGGAAACUUUAAAAAAGAAGUCUGUGGAACAACUGAAAAGUUCCUGAGUUUCGGAAACUGCCGGAGCGGGUAGCGGUUAAGCCGUUAGACCGUGAGGCGGGAUUCGAAAAAAGUUCAAAAAUCGGCACUCAGCCGCGGCCGAAGCGAAGGGCGACCCCAUUUGGGCUGGUUCUCUCUCUCUCGCUCAGCCUCACCUGCACCACAGGUUUGUUGAGGAGGAAAAGCAUAUUCUCUGUAAACCGCACGUUUUGAUUUGCAGCUUCUCCCACAGCCGAAAAGCAAAACGACUCUUGCGGAUGAUCUCUCUUAGGAUUGAGAUCUGAAUUACUAUUCGGAAACGCUAAUUGCAAACGUUGGAAAGGUGGGUGUGUAAAUAAAUUUCGACUGGUGCGGUACCUUAAGGUUUGGCAAGGUGCUUUUUUUUCAAAGAGAAAUUGCCACAAAGCUAGGCGUAAGUAACCCGGGGGCAAAAGAUAAAAUAUGGAAAGUAUUUUUUCCUCAUGUGUGAAGUAUAAUGUUUGCCCUCCGACCCCCAACAUACGCCAACUAUGGACCUUUUGAACUAUUUGCCUCAUCUGGAAAUCUUGUGGAGAAAGUGUGCCAGCGUGUCUUCAUCUCAGCCAAAGCACUUGGCCAAAACCAAGUGAUAGGUGGACAAAAUAUAUUGUCAUGCCUCUCUAGUAAUGCAUAUACUGCCACCAAGCUUUGUACCCAUUUCUCAUCCAGAUUAUAUUAGAAAUAAUUAUUAUGUUAGUGAGUUAUGCUUAUUUUUAUUAAGCAGAUAGGAUUCCAUGUCUAUUCAGACUUAAAUUACAUCCACUUGCAUUUUCUGCAUAUUAAAUUAGUUUUUAUUUAAAAUCGGACUUAGUCCAAUCCGCUGUUCAUUAAGGAAUUCCUGGUUAAAAAGGUAAAGGGACCCCUGACCAUUAGGUCCAGUCGCGGACGACUCGCUUUAUUGGCCGAGGGAGCCAGCUUCCGGGUCAUGUGGCCAGCAUGACAAAGCCGCUUCUGGCAAACCACACAAAAAGCCAAGAGCAGGGAUGGGAAAGGGAACAUGUAGCCCACCCAACAUUAUUUUACUACAACUCCCAUGAUCCCUGACCAUUGCCUAUGCUGACUAGAAAUGAUGGGAGCUGGAGUUCAACAACAUCCGGAAAGCCAUAGGUUCCCUGCUUCUGCUCUAGGGGAAUAUACAGUGGUACCUUGGGUUACAUACGCUUCAGGUUACAGACUCCGCUAACCCAGAAAUAGUACCUCAGGUUAAGAACUUUGUUCAGGAUGAGAACAGAAAUCGUGCUCCGGCGGCGUGGCAGCAGCAGGAGGCCCCAUUAGCUAAAGUUGUGCUUCAGGUUAAGUACAGUUUCAGGUUAAGAACGGACCUCUGGAACGAAUUAAGUACUUAACCCGAUCUGUUCCGGAGGCCCAUUCGCAACAUGAAAAGAGUGCAACCUGAAGCGCCGUAUCUGCGCAGGUGCGCAUGCGCAAUUUGGCGCUUCUGCACAUGCGCGAGCGGCGAAACCCAGAAGUAACCCUUUCCGGUACUUCCAGGUUGCCGCGGGACGUAACAUGAAAGAACGUAACAUGAAACAAACAUAACAUGAGGUAUGACUGUAUAUUCAAUGCCUUUUCUGUUUCUUCAUUUUUUCCAGAUCACGAUUUCAGUUCUGUAUCAACAGUGUUUAAGACUGAGUUUGAAAAUGUAAUAUUGCCAAUAUAUUUGGGGUGGUAUGAAGGAGGAGGAGGAUUAAAUGCAACUUUCCCUCUACAGUUCUGGUAGGAACUCAGCUCUCACUGAAUUGCUAUUCCCAUGCUAAUCACUGAGAUACUUAGGCUUCAUUUGGAAACAAUUUCCCAUCUGUUGAGCCUUCGUUAUUCAUUCAAAAAAAUCUGUUUGCAGGAAAAUGUACGCUGGCUGCUGAAAGAAUACUGUAAUUAUUUCUACUAACGGUGAUAAUUGGUUUCCUUUUGUGAACUGGGGAAUGCUACCUUUACAGUUCUGUGUUUAAGAGGAUUGUGUUUUCCACAGAAACAGAUAUAGCUAAUUCAUGUGUUUGCUUGAAUGGAGCAGACCAACAGAAGACUAAUCAGGGAAGGCUGUUUGGCACCACCCCUGCCUGGUCUACUCUCCCAGGCAGCAAGAUAGUGUGCGUGUUUUGUUGCUUGCAUCAGUUUGUCCACUGAUAUAUUUGCCUGCAGGUAAACGAGUGUUUAUGCUGAUUGCAGUACAAGGUAUUGGCUGAUUGUAGGCUGAGUGAAUACAGUUGAGGUGUGGCUGUGGUCUGGAGCCUGCCUUGCUAUAAAAACAGGCUCUGCUGUGAGUGGCAGAGUUGACACCAAAGGGAUUGCUGAUUUAGUUCGAAUCCACUCCACGGUGGUCAACUCCUAUUGCUCUAUCCCAGCUUCUGCCAGCCUAGCAGUUCAAAAGCACACUAGUAGAUAAAUAGUAGAUAAAUAGAUAUUGCUGCAGCAGGAAGGUAAACAGCGUUUCCAUGUGCUCUGGCUUCCGUCACAGUGUUCUGUUGCAGCAGAAGCAGUUUAGUCAUGCUGGCCACAUGACCCAGAAAGCUGUUUGUGGACAAACGCUGACUCCCUCUGCCUGAAGUGAGAUGAGUGCCGCACCCCAUAGUCACAUUUGACUGGACUUAACCAUCCAGGGGUCCUUUACCUUUACCUUUUUUACCUGCUGAUUUCGGGAGUCAUGGGGCAUCUCCUAUUGUCAGUCAGGCUAUGAAAUUGUAGGCAGGCACUGUGGGAGGUAACCUGGGGUGAGAGUCUGGUAGAGGGGAAGUUUGGUUGGGUGGUGUUCCCACUCAGUAAUGUGGGAAAUGGACUGAGGAUUAAAUCUGUAGAUUUAGAUCUAAACCUCCUCUCCCAAUGUGCGUGGGAGAAAUACAAAAAUAAAAACUGGUCGUGAAGUCUUUUUAACAGAGUAAAACAUUUGUAAGUUUUGCAGCUCAUUAAAGCUUGGGAAUUAGCCAAUUACACAUUUUAAUCCGAAUUAUUUGUGGUCUGUUGACCUCCCCCUCUUCACCUCCAUUCCAAAUAAUGAACUACAUUUUUUAAGGAAGAUAAAUGAAAAAGGGUUUACUUACAUUUCAAUGCAGGCAGCAAAUACAGCAAAGUAGUGAGCAAAAAAUACUUAUAAGUUACAGUAAAAUAAAAGUUGGUAGUCUUAGCUAACAUGGCUUAAUGCAGGAACUUUAGUCAUGCACAUCUGGUCAUCUUUGAGUCAUGGUGGAAAGUGAAAGUCUCACAGGCAGAAGGAAGUAGAAAGGAUUGUCUCCUUUGUUACAGAGUUCCCACCUGGAGGAGGUAAAGGAAGUGACCACACACAGAGUUCCUCUCUAAGAAGUUAAAGAACUCUCUGUCCACAAGCCCUGUGCUUGUCUAGCAAAACAUGCAUUUGUGAUAUUGACUGCAAACCUCACAAGUAAGAUACAAGGGAAGGAGUGCUGAAAUGGACUCAACAUCUUCCUCUUGACAUGUGGAAUGUUAUGUGCCUACUACUGGGCCUUAGUUUGUUAUCUUGUGAUCCUAAUCUCCCAGUUGUACCUGGUGAUAGUGAAUGAUGGUUCUAAAACAUGUCUGGGUAAGCAGGUAGCUGAAAAGCUCCAUGAUUUGUGGAUGAGCGGGCCAACCAGGUGUGUAUUGCUGGGGAGGCCAGAUCUGACUCUGCUCUGCCUACCUGGGUAUUCAGUAUGACAUCAGCCCAGACUGGAGGGGGUGAGGAGGUGUUGCUGUAGUGCAUAGGGGCUUACUUCCCACCACCAGAAAACCUCUCUCUCAGAGUGGUACUGAAGGACCUGCAUCUGGUGUUGGGCCAAAGAGACAGGUUAGAGAUGCUGUUGGUGUACCACCCACCCUGCUGUUCAUCAGCUAUCCUGACUUAGCUGAUCUAGGCUGUCCUGGGUGUUGUGUUGGAGGAACCCAGAACUGUGGUUUGGGGUGACUUCAACAUCCAAUCUGAGGCUGUAUCAGGCCUGGCUCAAAUGGUCAUUGGUCCAAUGUAGGAGUCGAGGACCUGUUAGGAAGAUCUGCCCGUGAUGGAAUCUGAUAGAUUCCUAACUGUUUGCAGGGGAGGGUGUCCAGUGGAUAGAGCAGAGGAUCUUGUUGAAUCUCUAGUUUUGAUAUGGAAUGGUGAGACCAUAUGGCCAUUGACACAAUCCCUCCUGAGGGCCCUCUCAAGUGUUGUGGAGUCUAGAAUUUUUGGUUUGAAAGUGGAAAGCUAGCUUCAGAUUUCUGUUCAGCAGAGCACUGUAACAUGAGGAGUGAAGAUAUAGGCUAAUAUAUAGGGGCAUACAAAUAAUGCAUUUCCCUCACCAGUGAGAAUCCACAAAGACAUAUUUUUAUGUCCAUGUUUAAAGCCUUCCAUGUUGAUGGCCAUUUCUGCCUCCUGUGGAAGCAAGUUCUAUAGUUUAAAUGCACUGUGUAAAUAAGUAGUUUCUUUUAUCUAUCCUGAAUCUUCCAAUACAAUGGUACCUUGGGUUACAUACACUUCAGGUUACAGACUCCGUUAACCCAGAAAUAGUACCUCGGGUUAAGAACUUUGCUUCAGGAUGAGAACAGAAAUCGCACGGCAGCGGCACAGCAGCAGUAGGAGGCCCCAUUAGCUAAAGUGGUGCUUCAGGUUAAGAACAGACCUCCGGAACGAAUUAAGUACUUAACCCGAGGUACCACUGUAUUCAGCUUCAUUGGAUAUCUAUGAGUUGUAGUGCUAUGAGAGAGAGAAAUCCUUUUCUCUAUCCACUCACAUGCCAUGUAAAAAUUUAUACACUUCUAUCAUGUAAUCUUUUGUUUGACUUUUCUCUAAACUAAAAAUUCCCAAGGGCUGCAACUUUUCUUCAUAGGGGAGUUACUCCAUUUCGUUGAUCACUUUGGCCAUGGCAAUCUCUGCUAUAAAAGUCAGCUCCUAUUGUGAUAUUAUUUUCUGUUCUUAUAACUAUGGCUUGAUACUGUAUAUUGGCUAUGUACAUGGCCUCCGUGGUUUUCUCAGGUUUUCUUGGUGAAAAUACCUGUCACUGUGCGUGAAGAAAGAUAAUGUGUUAUACUAGAAACCUAGAGAACAGGGUGUCCAGGAUGUCUUCGUACCAUAGAAAGGGGAGAAAAAAAUGAUAGCAAUGGGCAGGUGUGAAGCUGAGUGGGAAGAAACCUGAGAAAGCAGGAAAGAAAACCAUCUUGAGGUGUUGAGGAAGAGUGAUCUAAGGGCAAAAUUGAUGGAGGAGGUAUGAAGUUAGAAGCCUAAGUAGAAAGAGAGAUGGUGUUGGAAACAAACACAGGGACAGAUAUAUCUAGGUGCUAUUGGCAGUAUUGGGUGGCUGAGUUUUAUAUGUUUAAAGAAAUGAGCCAGGCAAAUUUUGGCUUUCAGUUUCUAGUAGCAUACGUUCCCAAAGGGCAUAUGUAAAGCUACAGGCUUAAGCUAGGUUGAACAGUCAUCUCCUCUAUCCUGAGACCACUAGGAAUGGUAUUUUAUGAGCUGGCUAGAGAUUUCUAUCACAGUUCUCAACACCCUCACCAAAGUAUAAUUCCCAGGAUUUUUUGGCUAUAAGGUAAAAAGGUAAAGGAGCCCUGGACUUCAGUCGAAUUUGACUAUGUGUCAAAUCUCCGUUUUCUCAUCUCCGUUUUCAGGCCGAGGGAGCUGAAUAUUUGUCCACAGAUAGCUUUUUUGGGUCAUGUGGCCAGCAUAACUAAACUGCUUCUGACACACAGAAUACUGUGACGAGUGCCAAAGCACAUGGAAACGCUGUUUACCUUCCUGCCGCAGCUGUACCUAUUUAUCUACGCACGCUGAUAUGCUUUCAAACUGGUAGGUUGGCAGGAGACAAAUCAAUGGGAGCUCACCCUGUCACACAGAUUCAAACUGCCAACCUUACAACUAGCAAGCCUAAGAGGCUCAGGGGUUUAGACCACAGCGCCACCAGCGUCCCUUUGACUAUAACAGUUAUGUUGCUGUAAAACUGAUAUAAUUUUGUAGCAUUCAAUAUAUCUGAUUUUUCUUUUUCUUUUCUUUUUUACCGGAAUCCUUAUACAGUGGUACCUUGUUUUACGAACUUAAUCCGUUCCAGAAGUCCAUUCUUAAACUGAAACCGUUCUUAAACCGAAACACACUUUCCCUAAUGAGGCCUCCCGCCACUGGUGCCCUUCCACCGUUUGGAUUCCAUUCUUAG